ACCGCCGCUGCCCGUAGCCGGCGUCGUCAACAUGGCGGCUCCCCAGGAUGUCCACGUCCGUAUCUGUAACCAAGAGAUUGUCAAAUUUGACCUGGAGGUGAAGGCGCUUAUCCAGGAUAUUCGAGAUUGUUCGGGACCGUUAGGUGCACUCACUGAACUGAAUACUAAAGUGAAGGAGAAGUUUCAGCAACUGCGGCACAGAAUACAGGAGCUGGAGCAGUCAGCUAAAGAGCAAGACAAAGAGUCAGAGAAGCAAGUUCUGCUCCAGGAAGUGGAGAAUCACAAAAAGCAGAUGCUCAGCAAUCAGACCUCAUGGAGGAAGGCUAAUGUCACCUGCAAAAUUGCUAUCGACAAUCUCGAGAAAGCAGAACUUCUCCAGGGAGGAGACCUCUUAAGGCAAAGGAAAACCACCAAAGAGAGCCUGGCCCAGACGUCCAGUGCCAUUACGGAGAGCCUCAUGGGGAUCAGCAGGAUGAUGUCCCAGCAGGUCCAGCAGAGCGAGGAAGCCAUGCAGACGCUAGCCAAUUCUUCCCGGACUAUCCUGGAUGCAAAUGAAGAGUUUAAGUCCAUGUCAGGGACCAUCCAGUUGGGACGGAAGCUUAUCACAAAAUAUAAUCGCCGAGAGCUGACGGACAAGCUUCUCAUUUUCCUUGCCCUGGCCCUCUUCCUUGCUACGGUCCUCUAUAUUGUAAAAAAGCGGCUCUUCCCAUUUUUGUAACCUGGGGAAUUACCAGCUUUUGCCCUUUAAGGUCCGGUGUCCAGACCUGUCCGUGCUGGCAGGCUCUGAUAAACCAGUCCCCGCCUCCGUGGUCUGCUCCGGCUGUCCUGCAGGUUGGAUGGAGACACAGUUCCCCAGGCUUCUGAGGGCAGCUGGCUUGCAAAGGGCAAGCAGAGCAAGGUGUCACUGAGACACCUACAGGGACACAGGGACUCCAGGAGCCAUCGCAACAGUGCUUAUGGCUGUCACGCGGGGCACUCGGAGGCCAGCCUUCAGGAUUUGAUCCUCCUUUCCUCCUGCUGUGGCCUUCAUGCCAGCUCUGGUGGAAGGAAGAGAAAAGUGGGGAGAAAGAGGAUAAGGAAAACUCGUGUCCAUUUCUUGAAUAAACUUGAUUAUAUUUAAUAGAAUGAAA